UUACUAACGAAAAAGGGGAGAGCUCGAUCUUUAAAGCCCCUUGACGAAUUUUUUAUGGUGAUGUGUAGGCUGAGGCAAGGAUUUCCUGAAGAUCAUCUAGCUAACUUCUUCAAUGUAUCAACACCCACAGUGAGAAGAAUAUUGAUCACAUGGGUCAAUUUUAUGUACUUUAAGUUUGGACAAAUAAACAUUUGGCCUAGCAGAGAAAUAAUCAGGACAACAAUGCCUGAAAGUUUUAAAAGUAAGUACAAGUCGACAAGAGUCAUAAUUGACUGUACUGAGAUCAGAUCCCAAAUGCCAAGUAGCUUACAACUGAAUGGAGAACUUUUCAGUUCUUAUAAUAAUCACACAACAUUGAAGGGCUUGGUUGGUAUAUCUCCUGGGGGGAGCAAUCACAUUUAUUAGCCAACUUUACACCGGUUCAAUCUCGGAUCGAGAAAUUGUACGAAGGAGUGGUUUUUUAGCGCCUCCAUUUGACGAUAAAGACUCAAUUAUGACAGACAAAGGAUUCACAAUUCAGGAUUUGUUGCCUUUGGGAGUUACUUUAAAUCUGCCACCUUUUCUUGGAGCAUCUGCACAGAUGGCUGCAGAGGAUGUGGUAGCUACCCAGGAAAUCGCCAGUUUAAGAAUUCAUGUUGAACGU